AUGAACUCAAAACUGCUCCGUCCAGGUCUGCAAAAUGAGGUGGCCUACUUUAGCUCUGUGCUGUUUAUUCUUGUGGGCUCUGGAAUUUCACCUGUUGUAAAUAUUGGGGACAGCGUAACAUUGGAGUGCUCUUUCAGUCCAAGUAGCGUAGCUGUCAUGUUUUACUGGUACAAGCAAAUCUUAGGCCAAAAACCUAUCGUCGUGUCCCGCUUUUACAAACGUGAGAAAAACAGCACUUUUAUUGGCGACUUCCAGAACGAUCCCAGACUUUCUAUCAAAAACGGGAACUUCCAGAAUCACCUCACCAUCUCGGAUUUACGUAUGUCCGACUCUGCGACCUAUUACUGCAUCAGCAAGUAUUCACACAUAUUUACCUUCGAAGUCAGAGUCAUGGUGGUUGUGAUAAGUGCAGAUUUGACGGUAGAAAUGCAAAAGGAUCGACAAGAUGAGUUGCAAGAGACGAUUCAACCAGGAAGUAACGUGAAUCUUCAGUGUUUGGUGAAUUUGACAAACUGCGAUGGACAGCGGAAUGUUUACUGGUUCAGAGCAAGAGAAGACAGACAUGCAGGAGUCCUUUACAGCCACGGAGGAGGAGGGAGCAGAGAUGAUCAGUGCAAGAAAAAUGGAAAAAGUCCAACCAAGUCCUGUGUCUACAACCUGCCCAUACACAACGUGAACUCAGAGCAGACUGGGACCUACUACUGCGCUGUGGUCGCCUGUGGACAAGUCCUGUUUGGAAAUGGGACAAACCUGAAAUUGUACGAAACCCAGACUCCAGUAGAGGUGUACAUGCUGAGUGCAGCUUUGGCGUUCAACAUCAUGUUGGCCGUGCUCCUCUGUGUCUCUGCUCUCAGACUGGCCGAGUCGAGUCAGGCCCAUGGACGAGGUACAGGAUCAGCUUCUGUCAAAUCACGGACUCAGCCCAAAAGAUCUAGAAGCUUCCGAGUGCAGAGGGACGACACCUGGAGCGAGUGUGUGUAUUCUGAGGUGCACCAGUAGAGGGCGCCACAUGACUGCACCAAACACACUCUUAUUUCCUCUGUGUUUAUUCUGUG